AUGUCUAGCAAGCGUAUCACAAAGGAAUUCGCCGAAAUUUCCCAAAGUCCCCCCGAGGGCUUUGAAGUCGCCCUUGCCAACGAAAGCUCCAUCCACACCUGGCACGUCACCCUCACGGCACCAGACUCGACGCCCUACUAUCCAGGCAAGUUCGGCAUCGUCAUCAGCCUUCCCACCGACUACCCGUUCAAGCCCCCCGUCGUCAAGUUCUGCACCCGCAUCUACCACCCCAACAUCACAAACGACAGCCUCGGCAACAUCUGCCUUGGCCUUCUGAAGCCAGACGCCUGGAAGCCAAGCACGAAGCUCAACUCCGUCCUCGAGGCCCUCCGCAACCUCCUGGAGGAGCCGCAGCUUGACAGUCCUCUCGAGGAGCGGAUUGCGCAGCAGUACCAGAGUGACCGUCCCGCGUUCAACCAGGCAGCCAAGCAGGAGGUUGAGCAAUACGCCAAGGGCCAGCCUAUCUUCCCUCCUACUGUGUAG